AUGAGGAGGGGGAAUAACAGGAAUACCAAGACAAAGAAAGCGGCAGCAGAGAAGGAUGAAGUUGAAGAGAUGCUGCAGGCGGCACAGGACGAUUUGCUUCUCAAGCUGUCAGCCGACUCUCACAUGUCCCACCGCCGUGUUUCUCUGGACGACGAUCCCGAUAUCGACCGUCGCUUUCAUGCCCUCAAACUCAAAACUACCAGUGGAGUUGCUGCUGCUGAUGCUUCCGCCUUCAAUUCCAAAUCUAAUCGGACCAAUUCCAUUCAAGUGGACGAGGAAAUAAAGGCAGUCCUUGGCGACGACCUCUCCGCCAGAUUCGCCGCUCUCAAGUCUUCAUUGCCCACGGCCACGGCCACGGCCACUCGCUCCUCCUCCUCUGCCACCACCGCCACGUCAUCUUACUACUACGAUGACUUGGAUGAUGAGGAGGAUGAAGUUGAAAAGUUGAUGCGCUGGGCCAAGGACGCCGCACGCCUCGACCCUUCUCCACCUUCCGAUUCCGAUGACGGUCGGGACAAGUCUGAAUCUGACGACUCCGACGACGACAACAAGAGAAAGGGGAAUAGAAUAGGGUCCGAUUGUAAAUAA